AGCCAUUUUGGCUCAAGGCUGAAACCUUCGCAGGCUGCCGCGUCUGGCAUGCUUUAGCCCCUUGCUCGGCGGGGAUCUCACAUCCUCAACCGCUGGGGCGAUGGGCGCCUCCAUGUCUCCAGAGCUCUGCUGCGCCGCCGAGCGGGCGCGCCCGAACCGACGGGCCAUUGGCGGCUACGAGGUUGGCGGGGACGACGACCUGGCCCCCGAGCAAGGCUGGAGCCCAGCCCCGCACAAGCCGAGGCGUCGCCGCUGUUCGCUCGAGCCCUACGUGCCGGAGCUGGCCGACGACGACGUGGCGUCGGCCGUGCACAUAGGUCGUCCUGGCGGGGGCGGCUGGGACUGGCCCCUGUCCCGCAUCGACCAGAAGGUCCGGUUGCUCAUGAUCGACCGCAAGAUGAUGCUGCUGGAGCGGGAGGAGUUCCUGGAGCAGGUGGAGCGUGUCCUCGCCAGGGCAGAGGCGGCGCCGGUGCACCGGAGCGCUCCUCGCGCGCGCUGGCCGUGCUGCUGCUGGGGUGGGCGGAAGGAGAACGUGAGCUUGGUGCUCGGCGGCCAGCAGCAGGCCAGCCCGGCCAUGGGCCCCGCUCAGGCCCAGCAGCGGGGCAGCCCUGCCAAGGGCGCCGCGCGGCGCCCCCGUGCGGCGGUGGGCUGCGGCGGCGGCUGAUCUGAGCAGGCCGGGGGAUGCAAAUAGCGACCGUGCAGCCGCGCAUUCUCUGGCAGAGAGUCGGCUUCCACGAGCACGUGCGCCUGCCAGCUCGGGCCGCCGUGGCCGAUCGAGCCGAGGUCGGAGCGCGGAGGAAUCUUUUCUUGCAAGAAGUGUGAGAAUUCGCUUGAAAUUAAGAUCGUUAUUUGCCGAUGCAGCGCUGCGCUUUGUGAGCCGAUUGGUUUCUCUGUCGGCGUUCUGGCGCUGGCUUGUUAUCUGGACCUGGAUCGUCGCAGGACCCAUCAAUUUCGCAAUCCUUCCAUAUUUACAUGAUCGAUGGCCCCAAGCAGUGACUUUUACAACGCGUAUGGCUGCAGUCUGUGCGGUGCAGCCUAUAUAACUAUAUGGGUAGCUGUAUCUGCGACUAUACAUUUCUUUGUAUGUGCGUGGUACAUAUAUAAGGG